AUGCCGUACCUUGUACGCGAGCAUUUGUUCAUCGGUAACAUUGGAGAUUCUGCAGAGAUUCUCCAUAACGGAAGUGAUGACAUCACACAUAUCCUCUCCGUCCUCAGCUCAGCUUCGAUUUCUUUCUUCUCCGAGUGGCGUAAUGGACUUUCAAUCCCCACCAAAGAAAUCCGGAAGGUUUAUGUUGGGGACUCUGAAUCUAAGAGCCCACUUUCAUCGGAUAAGCUUCUCUACUCUCUGGAAUAUGCCGGUAAGGAUUUGAAGUUUGUGAGGAUGGCAGUGCCUUUGAGGGACAUGGAGAGUGAGGACUUGCUCGACUAUUUGGAUGUUUGUCUGGAAUUUAUCGAAAAUAGUAGGAAAGAGGGUUCGGUUUUGGUUCACUGCUUUGCGGGUGUAUCAAGAAGUGCAGCAAUCGUUACAGCUUACCUGAUGAAAAGUGAACGAUUAUCAGUAGACGAUGCUAUUGAGUCUUUGAGGCAGAGCUGUGAAUCUGUGUGCCCUAAUGAAGGUUUUCUGGAGCAGUUGAAAAUGUUUGAAGAAAUGGGCUUUAAGGUGGAUUAUGAGAGUCCCAUAUACAAGCGCUUUCGCUUAAAUGUAUUAGGUGAUUUAUAUAACCGUGGAGAGAAAAUAGAUAUUUCCAAGUUCGAGCCUGACCCGGGCUCCCAUGCUGAAAAGCUUUCGUCUGAUGAUGAAAAAUUAGUCGAUAAAGAAGCACUGCCCAAGACUAAUAAUGCUUACCGUUGUAAGAAAUGCCGAAGGCUAGUUGCCUUGAAAGAAAAUGUCGUCGAACAUGUUCCGGGAGAAGGCGAGAUGUGCUUCGAGUGGCGUAGAAGGAGUGGAACUUUUAGCAGAUCUGAGGAUGACGAGUGCUCGUCCAUCUUUGUCGAGCCUCUUCGCUGGAUGAAAGCUGUUGAAGAAGGUGGUAUGGAGGGAAAGCUGUUGUGCAAUCACUGUGAAGCUCGUUUGGGUUACUUCAACUGGUCGGGUAUUCAGUGCAGCUGUGGGAGUUGGAUUUCUCCUGCUUUCCAGCUUCACAAAAGCCGAGUCGAUAUCAGCUUUGUCUAG